AUGGGUACAGCAAAGAAGGAAGCGAGCCGGAAGGAGCGCCAGGGCAAGACGGGCGAUGGCAUGGGCAAUGUCAAAGUCAAGGGCGAAAAUUUCUACCGUUCCGCAAAGAAAGUCAAGGUCCUCAAGCGCCUGACUGACGGCAAGGCCCAGCGCAACGCCAAAGGAGACGUAACCAAGGCUGCCUCGUACCAGUCUCGUGAAGCGCCCGUCGCCCGCGUCGAGCCCAACCGGAAGUGGUUCAACAACACUCGAGUCAUCUCGCAAGAUGCCCUCGACUCGUUCCGCUCGGCCGUGCAGGCGCAAGCCUCAGACCCUACGACCUUCCUCAUGAAGCGCAACAAACUGCCCAUGAGCUUGAUCGAGGAAAAGGGCAACAUCAAUGGACUGAAGGAGCAUGCUGCCAAGAUUGCGGUCGAAUCGCAGCCCUUCUCAGAGACCUUCGGGCCCAAAGCACAGCGGAAGAGGCCGAAGCUCGACUUCAGCUCCCUUGCAGACUUGGCUGGCCGGACAGACACCAUGCACGACACUUACAUAGACCGGCUCGAGCAAGCAAAAUUGCUGUCGGGUACUUCUGGAGAGGCCGAAAACGAAAAUUCCUUUGCCGACAACCCCAACGGCGAGCUCACAUCAGCGAGGGAAUUCAUUUUCAUGAAGGGCACCAGCAAGCGCAUCUGGAACGAGUUGUACAAGGUCAUUGAUUCCAGCGAUGUCAUUCUACACGUCUUGGAUGCCCGCGAUCCUGAUGGCACGCGCUGCAGAAGUGUCGAGAAGUAUAUUCGCACAGAGGCACCGCAUAAGCAUCUCGUCUUUGUAUUAAACAAGGUUGACCUAGUCCCAUCAAGAGUAGCAGCUGCUUGGGUACGACAUUUGAGCAAAGAAUUUCCGACAUUAGCCUUCCACGCCAAUAUCAACAACAGCUUCGGCAAAGGUUCCCUCAUUGCACUCCUCCGCCAAUUCUCCUCCCUCCACAGCGACCGCAAACAAAUCUCUGUCGGUAUGGUUGGAUAUCCCAACACCGGAAAAUCGGCCAUUAUCAACACACUUCGGAAGAAGAAGGUCUGCGUUGUCGCACCUAUCGCCGGAGAGACUAAGGUCUGGCAAUAUAUCACGCUGAUGAAGCGAAUUUACAUGAUCGAUUGCCCUGGUAUCGUUCCGCCGAACCAAAGUGACACGGACGAAGACUUGCUCCUGAGAGGUAGUGUGCGUGUCGAGAACGUGGAGAAUCCGGCACAAUACAUGGAGACGGUACUCAAGCGUGUUCAACCGAGGCAUCUUCAAAGGACGUACGAUAUCAAGGAUUAUGAUGGUAAUGCUGUUAUUUUCCUCGAGAAAAUGUGCAGGAAGAGCGGACGUCUGCUCAAGGGUGGAGAGGCCGAUAUCGAUGGUGCUGCAAAGAUGGUCUUGAAUGACUGGAUACGCGGAAAGCUCCCCUGGUUUACCCCGCCGCCUUAUAAAGAAGGCGAAGAGGCAGCCCCUGUUCAAGGCGUUGAGGGUCGUGAUGGAAAGUUAGGAGAAAUGAGCAAGAAGCGGAAACGCGGAGGCGAGAGUGAAGCUACCGCGAGCGUAGUAGCCGCGACCGAUGCAUCUAGCGCACAGCCUACUGACGAAGAUGACGACGAAUUUGGCGGCUUCAGCGAGGAUGACGGUCUACAGCUAGACGUUGACGGUGAUGUCGAUGAGGAUGAAGCAGAAGAGGACUCGGAUGAUGAAGAAGGUGGUACCCUGCUCGAUGCUUCAGCUACAGGCGAGGAUGCGAGUGAAGACGACGAGGCUGUGGAAGAGGAGGUUGCUGCGAUUUCACAAGCUUUGUCAAAAGCGAAGAAGCGGCAACGGAAAGAGUAG